ACAUAUAAUUAGUAGUCAUGAAGCUUAGAGGUGACUCAAAGACCUAGAGUUUCGUAUCAAAGCAUACACACAAACAUAACUUUGUAUACGAAAGAGAGAGAGAGGCAAAAGGAGUGAAAGAAGAAGUGUUUGUCAAAAACAUAAACAGCGAGAGAAACAAAAAAAAGAAACAGAGUGAGGGUAAAAGAGAGGGAGAGCGAGAGAGAGAGAGAGAGAGAUAAACAGAAUGAAUGCAAAAGUGAAAGAAUCAAGAAAGUGAAUGAAAGAUAGAGAUAAGAGAGGAAGAGACGAUACGAUGUGUGUGUAAUGUAUAUAAUAAAACAGACGGCUCGAGAGGGGAGGAAGUCGCUUAUGAAGGAGACAAAUAAAGUAGUUCAAUUGUCAACGUUGAGUGAUGAUAACUCCAAACCCGCUAACACCGAGCUGUUGAAAUUCUGCUCGGUUUGAACUUAUUUCCACGACUGGCUGGUAAAAUUUUGGUCGUUGCCGUCACCCCAUCUUCGACAAGUGGCAUUCUCUCAAGACACCUAUCAUCCACAGUUACUAUAUGCUAUAUUGCAACAUAUACGCAUACAUAAUAAGCAUGUCCAUGAUUUUGGGAAGGAAGGAUGUAAGCUUGUGACUUUCGUUGGUGUCAUUCCAGUGGUUUGUUUCACCGGGAUUUCUGUUCUGACGUUUUACAUAGGAAACCAAUUCGACAUAUAUUACAAUUAUUGAUGUUAUUUUAUGCGUGUAAACCAACAAAACUACCCACGUAACCAUCAGUGUUCUCUCGGAUAUGUUGUGACACUACCACGAAACUAGCUGCAGGUUAUUUUUACCAUUGUUUUUCGAUUCUAACCAAGUAUUAAUUAAUAAUUGGGUACGUGUGUGUGUGUACGUAUAUUUUUUGCUCUUCAUUCGGAAAAAAAAAAAAAAUAAAAUACGAAGCGCUUUUGAGAAAUCAACAACAAAAUCUUAAAAAAAAAAGAAAAGAAAAAGCAAAACCGACAGUCACCAAGUUCGGAAAAAUUUAGGCGAGGUUUUAAUUUUACCAUUCUUGUUUUAUUUUACCUGGCUUUCUGAUGAAGUUACCCCCAAAUACCUGAAGGAUGGGUAACACAUCUUCGAGCCAAAACAACAAAGGUUUUGGCACAAGGCCAGCUGGUUCAGCAGGUGAGGUUAAUAAUGGCUCGUAUAGUGAUUACCCAUUGACGUUCCACAAAGUGCAUGGACAAAAUGUCGUUUUAAACUAUGACAGAACCAGAGCGUCCCGUGGAGACUCCUUUUGCAAAGGUAUCUGUUUCAGCAACCGCCCAGUUGCUAUCAAUGAGCGUGUCUACAUCCGAUUUGUGGAGACUUGUGCCAGCUGGAGUGGCGUUUUACGUUUCGGAUUUACAACCAUUGACCCAGCGACUUUCAGCAAUGCUGAACUCCCACGUUACGCAUGUCCAGAUCUUACCAGCAUGUCGGGAAACUGGGCGAAGGCAUUGGGUGAACGCUAUGCAGAAUGUACCAAUCUUCUCUUUUUCUACAUCACUCGAAAUGGGGACGUGAGAUAUGGAGUGAAUGGUGUGGAGAAAGGGGUGUUUUUCAGUGGUGUUUCUACGGCUGGCCCCCUUUGGGCCUUGUUGGAUAUUUAUGGAAACACUGUUUCAGUAGAAUUUGCAAACCCAGGUGACUACCAUAAUAGAGCAGUGUCACAGCGCCGAUCUGUUUGCCAAACAAACCAAUCUCUUCAAUACUCUUCUUCACCCACGAGACUAAGAAGAGUCUCUGAUGCCAGUUCAUUAAUUCCCAACCCAGCAAAUAUUUCCAACCUGGCUGACUUGACAUCAGCUUUGCAGUCUAUGGAUUUAAGUCACAACAACAGCACCAACAAUGCCCUCACCAUGGCCAGCAACCAUCACAACAGUUCUUCAAACAAUGCCAAUACCACCAUGGUGCCUAUAGUACGUUUCCACAAGAAUGUCGACUUCACACCUGUUUUCUUUCAUGAUAUAUGUGGUCAUAAUGUGUGUCUGGACUCAGAGAAGACUGUCGCUGUACGUCUCCCAGAAGAGUACUGCAAUGGAUAUGUCUUCACUUCAAGACCUAUUAGCAAUGAAAUAAUCGUCAUACAGAUUCUUGGAAUUGACCGAUAUUAUGAAGGAGGUCUUGCAUUCGGCUUUACUACAUGUGACCCUGCCAUCUUAAGCCACGAGGAAUUUCCAGAUGAUGCCGACCAGUUUCUUGACCGACGUGAAUAUUGGGUGGUGAACAAAGAUGUCUGCCGUGUUUCAGAUAUUGGCGAUGAACUCAGUUUCUAUCUCACAACAGAAGGUGAAGUCCGCUAUGCAAGAAAUACCAGUAAAAUGACCACAUUGAUGCAUGUUGACCCUACAUUGCCAUUGUGGAUGUUUUUUGAUGUUUAUGGCAACGUUCAGAAAAUAAAAAUACUUGGAUCAGCAAACCCUUCUCAGACUCGAAGGUUACGCCCAGCUUCUGCCUGUAUUGCUAACAGCAGUGGUAGUAGUGGUUUAACAGUAGCUCUGCCACCUCGUGUUUCUACUGCCCCUUCCACGCCUACCCAGUAUCAUGCCAACAAUACUAUCAGCAACAGCAAUCCUAACAACAACAACAACAAUAACAUCUUGUCACCUUCAUCACCAACUGCAGCCAUGUCAACAUUGGUACUACGCAGUCUCAGUAUGCCUCCUCCAUCAACAUCAUCGUCAUCAUCCACAUCAUUCCACACGUCCCAAACUACAGCCAACACAUCGCCGGUUGAAGGUCAGAGUCUGAUGAGCACUUUCUCUGCCCUUCCAGUGUCUGCUUCUUCAAUUCAAAACAGAGGAGGACAAGCAAACCCCUAUCUCUCCUUCCCUUCAACUUUCGACUCUGGCCUGGCUUCCAUAAAUAGCUCGGCCUCCGAUGAUAGUCCUAUUGUAGACAAUGAGAGCAAUGAGUGUAACGUCUGUUAUGAACGUCCAAUAAACUCUGUACUCUACACUUGCGGUCACAUGUGUAUGUGUUUUGAAUGUGCUCUGGCUGUGAAACAGGAACGUGGCGCCCUCUGCCCCAUAUGCAGACAGGAAAUCAAAGAUGUUAUCAAGACAUUUCGCUCUUGAGAAGUUUCCAAAACAAAGAAGCAUCUUUUUUUUAAAAAAAAAAACAUUACUUUAGUGUAGGUUAUUCAAAGGGAAAGGUUGUAUUUUAUCCAAAAAGUUUCUGGUGUGGUGUAUGAUUCCAGAGGGUUCUCGGUCCAGGUAAUAUCUAUAAUUUGACAAUUUCUCACCAAUACAUGCAUUACUACACCCAACUUGUGUAAAGAGCUUCCUUCCAAAGAGUACCUUACUUCAGAUAUAUCGCUAUUGGUCAGCCGCCACGAACCAGCUGGUUUAAGCUGACCCUGGUUCCAAGCAAACACUUUGAGAAGUAUUAAUGGCUGGUUCCAAAACGAAUGGACAAACAAACAAUAAAAUGGAUCAUAGAAUGGAUUAUAGGAUUAAAGAAUUAUAUUUGUAAACAUAACAUAUAAAAUAAAAAGUCUUUUUCAUUUUAUUUUCAUUUUUUUUCGGUCGCAAAAUGUUUCAAAAAUAAAGGAAAAAAUGAAUUUUG